CUUCUUUAUUCAUUGCCCAUCUCUUGAGCUCUCCAAAUGUGAAAUUAAUAAUAAAUAAAUAAAUAAAAAACUUCAUUUUAUGGAGCUCUCUUUUAAAUAUAUUCGAAGAAGACAGCAGUGUAUAGCGCGCCCGGUUUCGCUCUGCUGCUUGUGAAUAGAGCGUUGCGGUUUUGUCGCGUCGCGUCUCUGGUGGACGCAGCGCGUUAAUCCUCUAAACGCGUCGCGAUCCGCGCUCUGACACGCGCUCAGGAAUCCCUGCACCAUUAACAUGACUUCCGCGAAUCAGACAGGAGCAGAGCGGGAAUGUUUGGACCUCGCGCCUGCAGGAGGAGGAACACACGACACCCACACUACACCCGAGCGACGCGACGCCCGGCCCGGGUCAGAUGCUGCUUUCAUGGAUCAAGAAGGACCUGCAUUUUCCGUCGAGGAAAAGGAGUCUGAUUUUUCGGCUCAUGAGUUGAUCCCAUCUUCAGCGCACACUUCAGGAUCAGGACAGCACCUCUGCGAAGGGUUAAAAUAUCUCACCACCAGCACCACACCAAAACCAGCCCAGGCCUUCUUACAGGAGACCACGGCCAGUCAAACUCCAGACGCAGGACCUGAAGCGAGCCUGGAGGAGCAGAGAUCUGAUCAGGAGGAUCUGAGGAGAGACGAGGAGACGUUCAGGACACAGAGAAGCUGUGGAUGUGAACCAGAGCAAGGGAUGCCAGCUGUGGUGGUCACCCGAGCUGAAGAGGUUUCAUCAGACCAGGCGGAGGACAAACAUUUAUCUGUGAUGCUUGAGGACAUGAUUCACAGUGAUUCCAGUCGUAAUGCGAGUCCUAGCAAUGGCACUGAUCUUAGCAGCAGUGACCUGCUGUCCUUAAGAAGUGACACCGUAUCUCUGCUCAGUGAAGCGGCCAUCUCAUGCAAAAGUGAUGAACAGGAGGGACCUGAGGAAGACACUCGGAGCAUCGCCGCAUCUUCAGUUAUGUCACUGUUUCAACGGGUACAGAUGGACCCCAUUGAGAAAGAAUGGCUGCGCUGUGCAGCGCUGGGAAACACUGCCACCCUGUACCUGCUCCUGCAACAGGACCCUACACUUGUCUCCAAAAAGUUUACGGCGCUCCACUGGGCGGCCAAGCAGGGCCGUGUGGAGAUGGUGGACAUGAUGGCUCGCUCCGGAGCGGACGUCAACCAGAGAGCGCAUGGGGGUUACACACCGCUCCACCUGGCUUCUCUACACGGACAUGACAAAAUCAUCCAGCUGCUAAUCAAUAACUACAAUGCCAAAGUUAAUGUAAGGGACUAUCACGGGAAGAUGGCAGCUCAUUACUGGAGUGGCAGCAGGGAUAUUUUUACCGAACACAGAUCUCAUUCUGGCACGUAUUUACUAUCCAGUGUUUGAUAUUUACAGAAGCAUGUGUAGAAGAAGUGUGCACUGUGUGCUCAUCUCUCUGCUGCGGGAUUGGUUGUCAGCGGUGAUUGACAGCUGCUUUGCUCCACUCAGCUGGCAGCUGGCCGAGGGGGAGGCGGGCCCAGUGUUACGCACAGCUGUCUGCGCUCCUGUCUCGCUCUCAGAGCAACAGAAGCAUCAGUGCAGAGACGUCCAGCAGUCCACUACAGCCCCAUCACCCUCAUCCUGACACACACUCAGCAUGAACCACUGCCCGGUGAUCGUCAAGAAGUCAUCAAAUCAGUCAUUAAAGGAUUCGUUCCAAUAAAAUGAAUAUGCUGUCAUC